AUGAUGCCUUCUGCGUACUGCGUCUCGGUCCUUGCUCUUUCUGCUCCACUUAUACAAAUACGAAAGCCACUGUCUCAUGGGUUCCGACUCGGUCUUGAAUUCCGGCAGGUGGCAUUCCAUUUCGGAGAGGAGAAAAUAAAGCGGUACCGGCAUGAUUCUCAGAAACCAUAUGAAAUUCUACACGAGUAUUUGUCGACUAUGUUCUGA